CCAGCCACGCCGCUGAAGGGCACCGGCGGCGGCGAGGCUUCCCCGCGCUCUCCCGCGGCUGGGGUGCGCCCGCCCCGCAGCAUGGAGGCUGGGAAGCGCAGCUCCUCCGCCGGCAGCCGGGACGAUGGCAGCGCUAACUCGUUCCCAGCCAAGCCGGCGGCCUCGGCGGAGAAAGCCCAGAGCAGCCCCGGCAGCGGCGGCGUGAAGGAGCAUGGCAACUCGGUGUGCUUCAAAGUGGACGGCGGCGGGGGCGAGGAGCCCGUGGUGGGCUUCGAGGAUGCCGAGGGACCCCGUCGGCAGUACGGCUUCAUGCAGCGGCAGUUCACCUCCAUGCUGCAGCCGGGGGUCAACAAAUUCUCCCUCCGCAUGUUCGGCAGCCAGAAGGCGGUGGAGAAGGAGCAGGAAAGGGUUAAAACUGCGGGGUUCUGGAUCAUCCACCCCUACAGCGACUUCAGGUUUUACUGGGACUUAAUCAUGCUCAUAAUGAUGGUUGGAAACCUUGUCAUUAUACCAGUCGGAAUCACAUUCUUCACAGAACAAACAACAACACCAUGGAUUAUUUUCAAUGUGGCAUCAGACACUGUUUUUCUAUUGGACUUGAUCAUGAAUUUUAGAACUGGGACUGUAAAUGAAGACAGCUCUGAGAUAAUACUGGACCCUAAAAUCAUUAAGAUGAAUUACUUAAAAAGCUGGUUUGUGGUUGACUUCAUCUCAUCAAUACCAGUGGAUUAUAUCUUUCUCAUUGUAGAAAAAGGAAUGGAUUCAGAGGUUUACAAGACAGCAAGAGCACUUCGUAUUGUGAGAUUUACAAAAAUCCUCAGCCUGUUACGUUUAUUGCGCCUUUCAAGAUUGAUUAGAUACAUACAUCAGUGGGAAGAGAUUUUCCACAUGACGUACGAUCUGGCCAGUGCAGUGGUGAGAAUCUUUAAUCUGAUUGGAAUGAUGCUCCUGCUGUGCCACUGGGAUGGUUGUCUACAGUUUUUAGUACCAUUACUCCAGGAUUUCCCACCAGAUUGCUGGGUGUCCCUAAACGGUAUGGUUAACGACUCCUGGGGAAAGCAGUACUCCUAUGCACUCUUCAAAGCCAUGAGCCACAUGCUGUGCAUCGGGUACGGCGCCCGCGCCCCCGUCAGCAUGUCCGACCUCUGGAUAACCAUGCUCAGCAUGAUCGUGGGGGCGACCUGCUAUGCCAUGUUUGUGGGUCAUGCCACUGCCCUCAUUCAGUCUCUGGAUUCGUCACGACGACAAUACCAAGAGAAGUACAAACAAGUGGAACAAUACAUGUCAUUCCACAAACUACCUGCUGAAAUGCGCCAGAAGAUCCAUGAUUACUAUGAGCAUCGCUACCAAGGCAAGAUCUUUGAUGAAGAAAAUAUUUUGAAUGAACUCAAUGAUCCUCUCAGGGAGGAGAUUGUCAACUUCAACUGUCGGAAACUGGUUGCUACAAUGCCUCUUUUUGCUAAUGCAGACCCAAAUUUUGUGACUGCCAUGCUAAGCAAACUGAGAUUUGAGGUGUUCCAGCCUGGAGAUUAUAUUAUCCGAGAAGGGGCUGUGGGUAAGAAGAUGUAUUUCAUUCAACAUGGUGUUGCGGGUGUUAUCACCAAGUCCAACAAGGAGCUGAAGCUGACAGAUGGUUCUUACUUUGGAGAGAUCUGCCUUUUGACCAAGGGCCGUCGAACUGCCAGUGUACGAGCAGACACGUACUGUCGCCUGUACUCCCUCUCAGUGGACAACUUCAACGAGGUCCUGGAAGAGUACCCCAUGAUGAGAAGGGCCUUCGAAACGGUGGCAAUUGACAGACUCGACAGGAUAGGGAAGAAGAACUCAAUCCUGCUGCAGAAAUUCCAGAAGGACCUCAACACGGGCGUUUUCAACAACCAGGAGAAUGAGAUCCUGAAGCAGAUCGUGAAGCACGACAGGGAGAUGGUGCAGACCAUCGCCCCGGUGAGCCUGCAGCAGAUGCCAGCCCUCAACUCCAGCACCUCGGCCUCGUCGCGCGGCAGGACGCAGUCCCCGCCCGUGUACAGCACCAGCAGCCUCUCGCACACCAACCUGCACUCGCCCUCGCCCAGCACGCAGCCGCCCCAGCAGGCCGUCAUCCUGUCGCCCUGCUCCUACACCACGGCCGUCUGCAGCCCGCCGGUACAGAGCCCGCUGGCCGGCCGAACUUUCCAGUACGCUUCGCCGACAGCCUCGCAGCUCUCCCUCAUGCAGCAGCAGCAGCAGCAGCAGCCGCAGGCAGCGCAGCAGCCGCCGGGAGCCGCGCAGAAGAACGAGGUGCACAAGAGCACCCAGGCGCUCCACAACACCAACCUGACGCGGGAGGUGCGGCCGCUCUCGGCCUCGCAGCCCUCUCUGCCCCACGAGAUCUCCACGCUGAUCGCCAGGCCUCACCCCACGGUGGGCGAGUCCCUGGCCUCCCUCCCACAGCCCGCCCCGGGCCCCGGCGUGCCCCCGGCCGGGCGGGCCGGCGUGCCGCAGCGGGUGUCGCUGUUCCGGCAGAUGUCCUCGGGAGCCAUCCCGCCGAACCGCGCGGCCGCGCCGCCCGCCGCCCCGCUGCAAAGGGAUUCUUCCACAGUCUUAAGCACAGAGCCCGAGGGAGACAAACCGCGGUUCGCCUCAAACUUAUGAUCCCUGGUGACUGUGAGCAACAGACUUGCAACAAACCGAGCACCAUCCCCCGAACUGUUUUAGCCUGUUUCCUAAUGUGCCCCAGCAGUCUACUAUGAGAAAAAUAAUUUAGACAGCUUUGCCCUAUGUAACGAAUGUAAAAGUUUUAUAUAUAUAUAUAUAUCUAAGUAUAUAUAUAUAAAAGCAAUUAAUGAAACUUGUUUGAGUUCAUGUCUUCCUUUUUCACAACCAUUACAGAAGAUUAAAUUUAGCGCUAAUAUUACUUAUUUUUAAUGUGUUGACUUUAAAAUCAGCCUAACAGAUUUCUCUGUUUAUGAGAUUGGCUGUUUUCAUGGGGAAAUUGUCAACACAACAACAAACUUCAAACAAGUAUAUUAAAAAAAAAAAAAAAGCAUCAAUUUAACUAACACAUAGCACUGAUUGAGUGAUGUUCUGAAACCUUUGUUACUUCGUUUAUGGCGUGUACGUUGUUAAUUUCUCAUGAAGGAUUCAGUUGUAAUUUCACAUUGCAUUUCAUACGUUAGCACCAUCCAUUGGAAUUUAGAUUGGAAAAGAAUUAUAUUGCAAACACCUGCAGUGUAAAGGGAGGCACUAGCACUCCUCCGGAUAGGUUGUAAACUCAUGGCACGUCAGCCCUUCUGUUGUCUAAGAGAAUUGGGUGGACUUUGAUCUUCACACUGCUAAAGACUUUUCAAAGACUAAAUAUUGCCAUUGUAAAUAACUUUUUAGACCCAAGCAAAAAUAGCUGCUGUGUGGUGUACCAUUGCAAGGUCUUUGUUUAGGAAUUUAGGUUCCGCUUUUCACUUCAAAAUUUACGGUUUUAAAAUUUGUUAAAGCUAAGUGCAACACAACUGUUAAAUUGUAAUGCAAUGGCUUAAAACCUACAGUGUUACUUUUACAUGCAAUGUUUUAUGCAAAAUUGUACGCUUGAUCCUGCAAACCGCUUGUACUUCACCAAUACCAUCACUUUUCUUCUUGCCCUCAAUAGCAUCUGAGAAUAUUCCAUGCAUGCUUUGGAAAAAAAAAAAGACAAUAAAAAUAGGUUUGGUCAGUAGGAAAAGGCUUUACGGUAUCUUAGAAAAUAAUAACCAUUCAUUAAUUGUGUCUACCUUAAAAUUCCUAUAAUGCUGACUUUGAAUCUCUGGUUUAAGUCUAGAAGUGAGGUUUUUCAUUUAAAGGAUUAUUUGUAAACCACAGCUUGAUUUAGACUUUCAGGUGCUUUCUGUGUCUUCACUGUAGUUUUGUAGUUGACUGUGGUGUUAAUUUACAAAAAUAAAUAUAAUAUAGCAUCAAGUCUGUCUGGAAAUGCACGAUUUGCUCUGUGUAUAUUGUAAUUAAAUGGUUAGUAUAUCCUAAGGCAUGUAGUGUCAAACAUAGCCCAUAGGUAUGAAGUUUAUUAUUUUUUAUGUCUUCAAAACAGAAAGGAAAUGGUGACAGAAAGCAGGGUUAAAGCAUACUGUUUUGUGAACAUUUUGUUUUGUUUGCUCAAACCUUCACAUUAUCUUAUCCACAAAAAAAAAAAAAAAAAAGAAAAAAAAAUCAUAAUCUUUUGUGCCUGAUUUGUCACAUUAAAUAGAGAUUGAAACUAAAUGUGUCAUAAUUUAACUCACUGAAAAAUCAGCAUUAUGGAUAUGAUACAAGCAUAUAUUCUGUUCCUUAAAACCCAGCUGACUCUGUUAAGGAAGUGGAUGCAAAGGAGUUCUUCUCUUCCCAUCAAUGCUGAGUUUAAUGAUGCAUGGAAAAAUUAAAUACCAUCACAAACUAUGUAAUGCAGUGAAUCCAGAUGUACUUGAGAGCCAAGUAAAUAUUCUAAAGCUAACAGAGCUUGAACCCAUGCUGCCUGUUAUACCUUUUACUAAAGUGGUACAUCAAAUAAAAUUUUUAAAAAUCUUUCA